AUGAACGAGGUUGAGCAGCACAUCGGACAGAGAUGUAUCAAGGUUCAGGAUGAUGUGAAUUUUCAACUUUGUCUGAUCAUCCUUGACAUCCAUCCCAAUGCCUUGAAGAUCAUUCGCUCCCUCGAUGAAGUGAAAGAACUGAUUCAUUCGAGAAAACGGCAGCAGUUGAUGAUAUGCAACUUUGAAAUAAGUUGGGAUAGUCUCCCAGCGGUGGAGGAGGACAGGGUCCACUACGAUUCCAUCAAAUCAUCCAGCGAAUAUCUGCAGAGAAUGAUUAGCGAUGCUGCAACAAAGCUGAAUGGGUUUCUCAACGUAGAAAAUUCAAAAUUCUCUGAAUGGUAUCGCCGACAUUUCAACGAGUCCGCGGAGAAGGUUGAAAUCGAGAUGCGAAACUUCUACAAGAACAAGUACAGGCUACAAAGGUCCAUGAGAUGCCUGGUGCGGAAGUAUGCCUUGUCAAGGUCGAACCUGGAGACAAACCAAACUUCUCUUCUGAGUGGGGCAGACAAGUUGUCUGCAGCAAAGAAUGUGUUGGAGGAACAACAGGGAGAGCAAAGCAUGUUCAAAGAUCGUUGUGCAAUCAAAAGAUCGGCAGAAAAGAGCAAGUCGCAACAGAUCCCUUCUGCAGGAGCAAAGGCUUGCGCUGUCGGUCAGCAAGGAGAGGCUGAAAGGAGAGGGAGAGGGCCCCCGCCCUCGGGCCGCCGAGCAUCCAAGCUGGACGCAAGGGAGUUUGCAACCUUUGAAGAGACGCAGAGACUGUUCCUGCAGGUGCUGAAGCUGAGCGAGGAGUCUGGAGUGUCGAUCCGCAACAAGAGGCAGUUCUACAGCAAAAACUACAAGGACAAGUUCUUUUCCUUCUUGCGGGACAAAUUGGGAAAGAAGGCCUCUCAAGCCCAGCAACUCCUCGGACCUACAGAUUGCUCCACGAGGCUGCCUGGCGAUCCCUGCAAGGAGUGGCCCAAGCACUGGAGCUAUAAGUGGAGACCCUGCCAGAGCUCAGUGCCGUGA